AUGAACCCCGUAUAUGAGAAGACCCUUUGUUGUCUAUGCGGCGAGAGCAUCCAUGUAUAUCGAAUCAGGACGCCCGAAGAAGCCGAGGAAGUGACUCACGGUGAUUAUGUAUCUGCGAUGAAAGAUGACCUCGGCCUAUGCUCGACUGAGAAAACAGGAUGUUUUUACAUCGUUCGAAGUACACUAUUCAUGAGGCGAGGGGUGGAUGAGCCAGGUGAGGCUAGCAAUGGAUAUUACUUCUUCGACCUCUUCGAUUUGAAUAAGGGCGAAUUCCCUACCGCCGGACAGCGACUCCCAAUGAUUCCAGACCACAAGGAAAAGAAGGACCAGAUUGGUAUCGUGGGGGAUGGCCUGGAGCAUAUUGGAGCGCAGGGCUGCAAGUCCAGGGCGGGUUCCUCCGGCUAUCGCUUCUCAAAGGAAGAAAUGAAGGCUGCUCAGACGGUCCAGAGCCUCGUCCUUAAGCCGGGCGACUGGGAACCUGAACCAGACGAUCAUGAGAUAGAGCGCUCAAGCAACUACUAUCUUACCGGUGUUUGCAAUGGCAUGUUCGGCCGCGAAGCUCCAACACCAUCUUUACCUGUUCGCCAUGGGAAGCUUGCAAUCGAGCCUAAAUGUCCUUUCCUUGAGACCAGAUGGGAUUCAAGCGAUGGGAUACCUUUUCAUCCAUGGUGCCUUGGCAUGUUCCUCCAACAGUGCCGCUUCCGACUCAAUUAUCUCCCUAUUAAUGAGCUUGUCUGGAUGUUCCUGAAUCCCCCCCAUGAAGCUAUCGAAUGGCUCAUGGAGAAAUUUUUCCACUCAGAGGAAAAGUCCAUACGCGGGGAAGGCGGAUAUAUAACCACGAACCCAUUUUCCGUCUCAGAUCUACGCCCGCUAUUCGAAAGGGCAACGGCCACAGAUCUGUCAUUCAGUGUUGAUGACACUCCCUUCAAGAUACGCCGCGAUACCACUAGGGACUGUUUUUCCAAACUUCCGCAGGAAUUGCGGCUUUCGCUUUUGGAACAUCUUCGACCGGAAGACAUCGCGUCUUUGCGCCUAGCGUCCCGAUCAUUCGAUUACAUUCCCAUCUUCUUCUGGUACCGGCUUCUCUGCCGGGAUAUGCCAUGGAUAUGGGAGAUUUGGAGCGACGAUCCGCCUUAUUUUUGGGCCACGGUGACUUAUGACGAUAUACUGCAAAACGAAAAGGAAGGAUACGAACCUGAUCCCGGAUCCAAGGAGAGAGUUGUGCUUUCGCAUUCGAUUGAUGUGGAUAAGCACCUAGUUGAGUGGACAUUGUCCAAACCACUGCUGGACAAGACGAACUGGUAUAUGCUGUACCGAGAUAUUCGAAGGCUUUACAGGCGUUCUGAAUUCCUCCAGAACCGAGAGAAAAUUUGGCAGACGCAGGAUAGGAUUCUCCGCACGAUGGGUCUGGUGCCCGCUAAGCACCACUGCAGGAAGGGUUGCACAAACACACACGCUGGAUAA